UUUGAAAGCAUCUAGACGAUCCAAAUUGCCGCGUUUGGCGCUCUCGCAGAUGACUUGAGCCCUGUUGACGGUAGCUAACAGCUUGCGCAGAGAUGAAAGGUACUCUAAUACUUAUCGGCCUCGCUCCCCAGGUCCUCGAGUCGAUAGCUAUCGCGCCCGUGGCCCUCUUGUCGCAGACACGUACACUCCAGGAAGUCGCUCCUCUCGCCCACGAAGCCCCUCACCAGCAUACCGCCGAAGGUCGCGUAGCCCGCGACGAGAUGACGAUCGCUGGAGGGGGAGGCCGCGAUCACCUCCACGCCGAGCCUACUCCCCCAGGCGAGACGAUUACAGGAGCGAUCGUGCCAGAUCCCCUCGUCGAGGCGGAUAUGAUUCGUAUACUACACGUUCUCCGCGAGCUCGUGACAGGUCUCCUCCGCCUUUGAGGGAACGCGACAUCUCACCGGCGAGGAGCCGCGGAAUGCGUUCGCCGCCUCGCAAGAGAGAUUCGCCUCCACGUAGCAGCAGGUACGAGGAGCCACGCUCUCGUGCACACAGUCCUUAUCGUCGAAACUAUUCUCCGCCUCCCCGAGACACCCGCGAAUUCCGACGUCGCACGCCUUCUCCCCGGCGCGACCGUGUGGAUCCAUAUACAGCAGACACUUGGCGGCGUAGAUCACCCUCCCCUGCUAGACAAGCCUAUGCAUCAAAUGAUGCGUCAGGCAGGGACUCGGCUGCUACCUCUCGACGUUCGUCCCCUCGUCCUGUGCACCCUACCAGGGCUGCACUUGUUUCUGAGGACAUACCUUUGAGGGAUCCAGUGUCUGCGCCUAGGUCACCAUACCGCGAACGAGAUGAUCGCGACCUCGAGCAGUACGACAGAGGCAGGGACUUCGCUCGUGGGCAAGAACGCGAACGGUCUCCUCCCCGGAUUCGCGACACUCCCCCGACAGGACCACGCGGCGACCGAGAGUUUGCCCCACCAACUGGACCAUCGUCAUCUUAUCGCAAUGGAGAGAACAACUUUGCGAGAGCUCCGCCAACUGGUCCCUCAGCCCGUAGCUAUCCCUCUCCUGCUAUUUCCCCACCCGUUGGACCAUCGGGAGCGGCUCCGCAGGCACCUGCGUAUCCUCGUGGAAACAACCCUGUUCUCGCUGCUCCAACUCGCCCCCGAGGCGGUGGUCGCGGCGGCUUUGGAUACGAUGCACCUCGUGAUUUCUCAGGUCCCGCGCCUCGUCGUGGGUCUACGCACUGGGGUGGACGUGGUGGUGGUGGCUACUAUAGUGGACCUCCAUCUGGACCUCGUGGCUCUGUAGGCGGACCUACUCCCUUUGCACCUCCGUUCCGCGGGUCGAGCAAUAGCACUUCCACCACCUACCCUCGUACUCAACGCUUCCGUGACCAUCUUUCCGAUUUGCCAAAGGAAGUACAAGGAGGUCAGAAAGCCCCAGAUGUGUACGACCAGAGCAAGAUUCUAAAAUUGGAGGAGGAUGCAAGGAAACUGCGGGAACUCAUCGAUGCGAAGGAGAUGGCAAAGAGGCAGCAACUUAAGGAGUGGGACACGUUGGAGAGAGAUGCUACUAAUGCAGCCCUAAGGUCAGAGCUUGCAGAGCAGCAAUUGAGGUCACUGAACGGAGAGGGUGAAGUUGGUGGAGCGGCCUUUUAAGGCACGAAGAAGAGGCACGCUAGACAUUCCGGAUGCAAGGUUUUUUGUUGGGCCAUGUAUCUGAGCGUCCUCAUUGCUACGUGGAUGGGAAGACUGGAGGGCUCAAAUUUCAAAAGCAGGGGUCUGUUAGCUGGGGCGUAUGUGACGGUGGUGAUUGUGUAUGAUAAUGGUGGCAUUUGACGGUGGAAUUGCUUUGGUGACGGCAUUGGCAGCGAGGCUAGGGUCUUGAGCGUGCAACAUUAGG